UAAACACCACCAAACCAUCUUUUGAAAAACUGAAAAACAAUACCACUUUCAUCUUAGUUUUAAAAUGUUAAUUUUGAUUAGCAAGUGUCUAAAUAUAUCGUCUAUAAAAUCAUUUAACCGGUGUAUAUAUACGACACCAAACAUAUUAUGGAACAUUCCCAAAAAUGUUGAAUUUGAUCAAGAAUACUUGUGCAACUCUUCCAAUAUUCCAGCUAUCCAAGAAAAUAUCUCUAAACGUAAAGGCAUAGGUAAUAUCCAAUUAGUUAAUGAGUUAAAUUCAAAAUUAAACUCACUUGUGCCCACUGAUCCAUCUUAUGAGGUUACAAAACAAGAAUUACACAAAGAAUGUUUUAUGAUUCCGAAUAAAACCCAUUCUGAAGUCUUCAAUUACGGAGAGGACGCCAAAGUUGUAAAGUAUGUAGGAGAAAGGAGGAAAUUUGAUUUUGCUCACAAAGAAUUUCAUGAAAUAACUAAACGCCUUAAUCUAGUCAGAACGGAGCAAUUAGGUAAUUUAUCUGGAAGUAAAAGUUACUAUUUAUUAGGACAAAUGGCACAGCUUGAACAAGCAUUAGUACGAUAUUUUGUCAGCAAUCUGUUAAAGUACAAUUAUCAAUUAGUGUCUGUACCAGAUAUUUUACCUAGGGAUGUUGUUGAAAGUUGUGGUAUGAACACACAAGGAGAAAGAACACAAGUUUAUUCAUUAGAUCCAAAUAUCCAUCAACCAGAUCUUUGUCUAUCUGGCACUUCUGAAAUAGCUCUUGCUGGAUAUUUAGCUAAUAAGGUUUUAAGUGUUGAUGAGCUACCUUUGAAAUUAUGUGCUGUAAGCAGGUGUUAUAGAGCUGAAACUUCAGGACUUUCAGAGGAAAGAGGGAUUUAUAGGGUACAUGAGUUUACAAAAGUAGAAAUGUUUAUAGCUUCCUUACCAAAUCAAUCUGAUAUAAUUCUUGAAGAAUUAAGGACACAUCAGGAGGAAUUUUUUAAGUUGUUAGAUAUUCACUUUCAAGUUCUUGAUAUGCCUCCACAUGAACUAGGUGCACAGGCUUAUAGGAAAUAUGAUAUUGAAGCUUGGAUGCCAGGACGAAAUAUGUAUGGUGAAAUAUCAAGUUGUUCAAACUGUACAGAUUUCCAAUCUAGGCGGUUGAAUAUAAAAUAUAAAAAGCCAGAUGGUUCUACAGAUUAUGUGCAUACAUUGAAUGGAACUGCUUGUGCUGUGCCUAGACUGUUAAUUGCUUUGACAGAAACACAUCAACAAAGUAAUGGUGUUAUAUUAAUUCCAAAAGCAAUACAAACAUGUAUGUAUGGUGCAACGUCUAUAGGUUUAAGGACUAAUUGCCAUACAAAUUCGAGUAUGUCAACUACUAAAGAUAUUCUAAACAUAGUGCCUACUGCGUUAACAAUAGUGUUCGCAUUCUAUGGAUGCUUCCAUUUCAUAAGUGAAAUAUGUACCAAUUUUAUUCCUUUUGGUGUUUUACUUACGUCCGUUCUUGUAUUUUCCACUUACGGUCUGCGUGCCGUACGGCCGUCGCAAGAAGCCGUUGAAAGUAUUAUUGGCAAAGAUCUGCUCGAUAACCCAAACCAGGAAGGUUAUGUGUUGAAAACCAUUGCUCAUAGGGGGGCUGGUUUAGAUGCUCCCGAGAAUAGUUUAGUUGCUUUCAACUUGUGUCACACUGGAGGCUGUGAUUUUAUUGAAUUUGACGUCACCCUCACGAGCGAUGGUAUUCCAAUAGUUUUCCACGAUACCACCUUAGAAAGAAUGGCUGACUCUGAUGUAGUUGUAAAUAGUACUUCAUAUGAAAUAUUGAAAAAUUUUGAUAUAUCUGUUAAGCAUCCAUUGAGAGAUCGGUUUGGCAUUACUAACAUUCCCACAUUAGAUCAAACUGUAAUAAAAUUGCUAGAUAAUGGACAAAAAAUGAUUAUUGACAUCAAGGAUAGCAAUACUAAGAUUGUGCCUAUUAUUUUAGACUUAUUUGUAAGAUAUCCAAAUCUUUAUUCAAACGCUAUGGUUAGCUCAUUUUAUCCAAAUGUAAUUUAUUUGACCCCAUAUAUUUGCCAAUGAAAGUUUCAAGUAUCCGGAAGGCAAAGGCGCAAGGAGGGCUCGUCAAUUAUGGAAACAUUAUUUAUUGAAAUUCUGUGAUUCAAUACACGCCUGGGCAUUACCAAGAGUAACUUACUAUUUUCUGGGAUUGUCUGCUAUUCUGUUACACAAGGAUUGUAUAAGCGCGGAAUCUAUUCUUCAGUGGCGAAGGAAAGGAGUAAGAGUUAUGGCGUGGACAGUAAACAGUCCAAUUGAGAAGCAACAUUUCAUUCGCAAUUUGAAAAUCACCUAUUUAACCGAUACUUUAACGGGCGAAGUUAGCGCACAUAGCAUAGCAUAACUUAAUCAAAGUCAAUUGAUACUGCAUAAAACCUUGUACUGUGAGUGUUUUAAUUGACUUUGUAGACUACUUUUAUUAGCUUUUUGUGUUUUUUUUUUUGAAAUAAUGCAGCCUGGAAUCAUUUUGAGGAAGCUACUUUGAUUGUUAGGUUAUUUUAUGCACAUUCUAAUUUCUAUUAGAAAAGUACAUUUCUAUAUACAAUGGUGCUGUGAAUCUACUUGCAUUUGCUGGUCAAAUAUGCAUUUAUUUUUCCAAUUAACCUUUUCAGAAAGUAACUGAUCAAUUUUUUCUACAUUGUACAUACAUAGUUGAAAAUAAGGGACAAACUCUUUUUUUUUACAAUGCAUUUUAAUUUUAUAUAAAACAUUUUUAAGUUGUAACAAACUUGCCAAAGAUAUUCCAGUAUUGCCAAUUCUUUUCCUCUAGAUUUAAGUAAUUUAUUGUGCUGUUCCUUGAAUUUCACUUAUUACUACACUAUUAUAUGCCUUUGAUGAAUUUUUGUGAGUUUCUUUUAAUUGCAAUAAAAACAGAAAAAAAAAUAAGACCAACAGAUUGUUUUCAAUUAAUGACAUUUCAUGAAAGAUAGGCUCUUUUGACUAGCCUCUGCUUAUCAUUUUUCCCAAGAACAAUUCCAGUUUAUACUUUGGCACAGUACGUUUCCGAUUCCAAAUAAAUUGAACAUUCGAGUGCGAUCUUUUCCCAACCGAUUUGGCGAUUGAAUUUGAUGAAUCUAUUUCAGGUUCCAGGCUUCGCUUUUUCAGAUAAUUGAAACAGCAACUCCGAAAGUGUCUAGAACCGCACGCCGGACGGCAUUCCAUUCCGCAUGUAUCACACGAUUUUUUCCAUUGUUGCUGAUUGGUACUGGCGACCGAUUCUGAAACAACAUUGAAAGGUGAUCAAAACCUAGACGAGUGAAAAAAUGUUCUUCUUCUGUGCUUCUACAGUGCUUUUGCAACUGAAAUUUGGAUAACUUAACUUGAUCAAACCAUUUCCAGGAUAAGUAAAAUUAAAAGUUGCUGCUUAUAUCCCAGCAUAAAAAUAUAUCUAUACAAUGAUUCCUAAGAUUUACCGAAUAGGUACAAAUUAUUGUUAAAGACCUGAUUUUUCAAAUUGAUUUGAUUUUUUGUGAUGUUUUAUAAACCCCAAAGUUAAAGAAUAUA